CAAUGAUUUGUAUAUUGGAUUUCUGUAAAGAAACUGUGAGAAACAGCAAAGGUGGAUCAAGAUUCAGUGAGUCAGGAAGGAAUUUGUUCUCUUUUUGCGCGGAAAAUAUGGCUGCCUUCUUGGCACGGAAAUGGAGACCAGAAACCUCACAAAAACCCUUCCGGUUCAAGUCCCGAACCUUGCUUCUGGGUCCGUUCCGAGCCAGUCUUCAGACGGAAAUCCAAUGGGAGAAGAACAGCCAUCCAUAGAAGUAGCUGCAGAAACUACAGAAUCCGUUGAACAAGACAACUCGUGGCCUGUUAUCAGGUUCGAUUUGCCUCCACAGAGAACACACCAUUUCUAUAAACAGUUCAGGAGCAGUCCAAUCCCUAACAAUUUUCUCAAAGGAAUUAAAUGGUCUCCUGAUGGUUCGUGUUUCUUAACGAGUUCUGAGGACAAGACUCUGCGUGUGUUCUCAUUACCAGAUUAUUGUAGCAGUGAUGAUUCUAUUGCAUGUUCUUUAGAUACUGAUCAAGAUUCCUAUGAUUCGAGCAUUGUCGUGAAGGAAGGGGAAUCUGUUUAUGACUUCUGUUGGUACCCAUAUAUGACUGCUUCAGACCCUGUUAGUUGUGUGUUUGCUAGUACUACUCGGGACCAUCCGAUUCAUCUUUGGGAUGCGAGUUCUGGCCUGUUGCGUUGCACAUACCGUGCUUAUGAUGCUGUGGAUGAAAUUACUGCUGCCUUUUCAAUUUCAUUUAAUCCUGCUGGGAACAAGAUGUUUGCUGGAUACAACAAAUCUAUAAGGGUUUUUGAUAUACAUCGGCCUGGUAGAGUUUUUGAACAGCAUUCAACACUGCAAGGAAAUAAAGAGGGGCAAACAGGUAUAAUAUCCUCCAUUGCCUUUUGUCCAACUCAUAGUGGAAUGUUAGCUACUGGUUCUUACAGCCAUACUACUGCAAUCUUUAGGGAGGAUAAUAUGGAACUUUUGUAUGUUUUGCAUGGUCAAGAAGGUGGGAUAACACAUAUCCAAUUCUCUAGAGAUGGAAACUAUCUAUAUACCGGAGGACGGAAGGAUCCAUAUAUACUGUGCUGGGAUAUGCGAAAAACUGCUGAGGUUGUGUACAAGUUAUACAGAUCCACGGAGCAAACUAACCAGCGGAUAUUAUUUGAUGUUGAGCCCUAUGGUCGGUAUCUCGCCACAGGUGGUCAGGAUGGUUUGGUUCAUGUUUAUGAUCUACAAAGUGGGCAGUGGAUAUCUGGCUUCCAGGCUGCAGCAGACACAGUUAAUGGCUUCUCCUUCCAUCCGAUCUUGCCUAUGGCUGCUUCUUCAUCAGGGCAUCGGAGGUUUCAAGUUCCUGAUGAUGGGCCUGAGGAUUUGUGCUUGCAUGGUGAUGAAAACUGUGCCACUGUUUGGAGUUUCUCCUAUGCUUCAGCAGUGGAGAAUGGCGCCAACAUCCAUGGUGGUGAAUUUAACAGUCAAUCAGAAAAUGAUAUGAUCCACCAGGAUACUUGAGCCCCUCUACUAUGCCUCUUCAGUCCAAGUGGAGACGCCUUAUAUUAUCUUUUGGUUGUAACUGAUAGAGAAAAACUUGAUUUAUUUAAUCAUUGUACAUUCUGUGACUUAACAUAAACAGGAUAAAGUUACAAGGAAAUCUGCUGCUUUAGACAAGCAAGUAAUUUGGAGGCUUAGCAUGUCCUUAACAUGAGCACUCUGAGGAUUAUUUCCCCAAAACGGAACAUUAUUUAUCUUUGGUAAGUAACAGAACAAUCUUGUUUAUUUGCU